AUGAACAUAGUUUUAUUCUAUUCUUAUGAUAACAUACUCGCUGCUCUUGCGUAUGGUGUUCUACUAGUGUACCUCGGAUUUUACCUCCGAAUAUACACCAGACAGGACUUAUACUACAUAUGCACAUCUAUUUUUCUGCUGAGCACAGACAUCUCCCUAGAAAGGACCCUUAAUGCGGUCUACUUCUAUUUCUACUUCAUUAUUCUGCUCGUGCUGCUUCUCAUUGCUCUUUCCAUUCUCAACCUCUGCUACUCUUUAACAGACAAUGUGGUUAUAACGAUGUCCUCCACCAUAUGCUCCUUUGUUUUUAUGAUUAUCUUCUACCUCCUCACAAACGAAGAGAUUCACAUUCUGUCGCUUCUUGUAAAAAUAUUGCUGUUUUUUAUCAUUGAAAUGAUGAUAGUAGCCAUUAUAGUGAUGAGCCAGAAUUUAUAA